UCGAGCAACCGUCUUUCGGGAAUCAGCCCCAUUGGUAUUUAGUUUUCCAUCCAGUCUAGUUUACCAAGCUGGUAAAAUGGCCAUGGUCACCUUUGAAGUUGGCCGGCUGCUGCUCCUUUUUCUUGGGCUGCUAUUCCUCGCCACGGCGGAUCCUUCUGUCGACACUUCCGCUCAGGUAUGCGUAGUUGGCGCUGGAAUCGGGGGUUCCUCCUUCGCGUAUUUCCUCAAACAAUACAGCUGCAGCUCAACAAAAUCUCCUUGCCCCACUGAAAUCCAUCUCUUCGAACGCCGAAGUAUUGUCGGCGGGCGGACAGCCACCGUCACGAUUGCUGGAGAUAUAUUUGAGGCUGGCGCCUCGAUCAUCCACCCCAAGAACUUCCACGCAGUCCGCUUCGCGUCUCUUCUCGGCCUCCGAUCGAAGUCCAAGUCCUCUGAGUUCAAACCAGAUCGCAACGCGUCCGAUUUCUCCACCUCCUCCUCUUGGUUCGGCAUAUGGGACGGUUCAAGCUUUCUAUUCAAGACCAUUCCUCCUCCACCAGCCUCCAGUUCGGCAAUCUAUCGCAAAAUACAUUCCUUCUUCAAUGCCAUACUCAUUUUCAGCCGUUAUGGUCUCUCCCUCCUUCGAAUGAAUCGCUUUGUAAAUAAGAUGCUCCAGAGCUUUUUGCUCUACUACAAGGGUUUGGAUUCCCGCCCUGUUUUUGAUUCUGUGGAGGAGAUGCUUAAGUGGUCUGGAUUGUACGGGAUUACUCUCCGGACCCUGAAGGAAGAAUUACUGGAUGCUGGGAUGUCUUCUCUCCUGAUAUCUGAGCUUGUGACGGUAAUAACCAGAAUCAACUACGGUCAGGAUAUUAAUAUUAGUGGACUAGCUGGAGCUGUUUCAUUAGCUGGCUCCGAUGAUGGCUUGUGGUCAGUUGAUGGUGGUAAUUGGCAGCUUGCUGCUGGUUUGAUAAACUAUUCUAAUGUCACAUUACAUCUUAAUGAAGAGGUGACCUCCGUUUCCUAUGUUGAAGGCCAGAAUUAUGCUCUCAGCACUAAAGAAGGAUUGCAGUACCACUGUGCAGUCACCGUAUUUGCCACUCCUCUGGACGAGCUAAACAUCACAUUUACACCUCCAGUUUCAAUUCCCAGCAGGAGACUACAGCAUACUUUUACAACCUUUGUGAGGGGUUUCUUAAACCCGAAAUACUUUGGUUUGACUCAUGCGUCGGAAGUCCCAAACCUUAUUGGUACCGUUGAGGCUUCUGCAGUUCCAUUCUCCAGCAUUUCCGUUCUCAGGAAAUAUGGUAAAGAAGACAUGGUUUACAAGAUAUUCUCUCGCAAAAUAAUGCAUGACAGUCUACUCGAUGAAAUCUUUAGCAUGAGGAAGGAAACAGUAAGGAUAGACUGGCCAGCUUACCCUCACUUUAAAGCUCCAGAAGUAUUUUCACCCAUCAUUCUAGAUGAAAAGCAUCUGUACUACAUAAACUCUUUCGAGAAUGCCGCAAGCACCAUUGAGACCAGUAUUGUUGCAGCUGAGAAUGUUGCGCGCUUGGUCAUCUCUAGGCUCUCAGAUGAACAUCAAAAAAAUGCUAAUAAAAAGUUUAACGCUGCAGAUGGAGACUUAUUGCACCUUGAUUUAUAAGAAAAAGGGGAUGGAAGACACAAGUUUAACUCUCAUAUAUAUGAAAAAGCAACAUCUUUAUAUUGCUGAAUGUGCAGAUUGGACCUUUGCAUUUGAACACUUAUAUGUCAAUUUUGUGCUGCAAUCUGCCUUUACUGUCAAUAUGUUUACAGCACAAAGAUUCAAAUUCUUUGUUAUGUAAGAAAUUGAGAAUUCCAAAAUAAUCUUAUUUCAUUUGGGUCUUUUUAGGUUCUGAAUAUUUCUAAACCUCUUGCCAGGCUUGUAUACCGACAGAAAACAGUGCUGUUUGUGUUGGUUUAUGGCAAAAUAAAUUGAGAAUUGUAACAAGUAUCUAAUGGAUGUGUUUGC